CGGCAGUUUAACUGUAUUUUGAGGUCGUGUAAAAACUAAUUUUGAUCAGGCAGUGUUCUAGACAGAAGACGCAGGGGUCCUCACAGGAGCAUGUGACGCACACUGCGCAGGAGCGGCUGUGGAGUACUGUGUAGGAGCGCAUUAUUGUGAGAAGCUGUCAGCUGGCUGUGUCUGCACUGAAGUUAUAACGCACUAUGGCGUUUAACUUCGGUCAGGCUGGCACCGGAGGGUUCAGUUUCGGGGCCCCUCAGACUCCAGCUGCGGGCUCCAUGGGCUUCAGCGCUCCUGCAGGAGGGGGCUUCUCUUUAGGGACCCAAGCCCAGACUCAGAGCUCAGGAAACCCCUCGUCUCAGACCGCAGGACUCCUCGCUCAGCCGACACAGAGUAACGAGAGCACACAAGGAGGACUGGGCUUCGGAGCCCAGAUGCAGAGCACCAGCUCAAGUGGAGGCUUCUGUUUUGGUGGGCUUGGCGAUGGCUUCGGUGGCUCCUGUGAUGAGCUCAGCAUCCAGCGCUCACACAAGCCUGUCUCUGAAACCUCUAGGAGCCGCUCCUGCUAUGAGCACAGAUAACUGCUUUACAUAAAGAUAUGGAAAAAGUGAAACUGGACCAAUGAAGAAAGAGCUGGAGGAUCUUCUCUGUCCAUUAGAGGAGUCUGUGAAGGAGCAGAGCGGAAACAUUUACAUGCAGAACGCAGAUGAAGAGCGAGAGAGAGCGUACAAGUUGGCAGAAAAUGUGGACGCGCAGCUCAAGAGAAUGUCCCAAGAUCUGAAAGAGAUCAUUGAACACCUGAACACGUCCAGCGGUCCUGCUGACCCGCUUCAGCAGAUCUGCAGAAUCCUCAACGCACAUAUGGACUUCCUGGAACAACACUCUGUGUUUCUCCACAGGCGAGUGGAGGAGGUCUCAAAGCUGUGUGACAGCCGCAGUAAGGAACAAGAGAAGAGCUUUCCUUUAAACUUCCAGUGAUCGUGCAGCUCUCUUUUCUCCCGAAGUUGUAAAUGAAUGUCAUUGUUUUUGUUAUUUGCUUUGGAAUAAAAUAAUUUCUUUCUA